UUUGAAAUUGUUCAAUUUCAAAUUGUAUACGUUACGAUUUAUAAGGAGAUCAUGAUGAAAUGUUUGGACGAGGUCUUGCCGCAUGUUCAAGCUAGCGAAGUUAGAUUAUCGUAUGUGGAGGAAUUAUUCCCGGAUCUGAAGGGUAAACCAUAUAUCGUUCUUCAUAAAAAUAUUCCCGGCACACCACAAUCCGCAAGUUGCAAAAAGAACGAGGAAAAGAAUUUCGAUGAAUACUCCGCAAGGCAUGAUGUCAGUGGUUCACCUCUGGAAUUUUCAUUCGGCAAUUGCGGCUUCGACGACACGAUUAUCACAACGAGACACAAUUGGCGUAAAGAAGAGGAGUCGUAUUUGCCAUUGAGUAGAAACGAUGCAUGCAAUGCAUUGAACGUGUAUCUUGAACAGUUCAAUGGUGAUACUUUGCCAAUAUUAGCUCUUUGUGAUGGAAAAGAUCCUAAACAAAGCAGGCUUAUCGGCAGUAUUGUACAUGAUAAUUGGUUCACUACAUUAGAAGCAGUCUUUCUUGGUGUGAUGCCUCAAGCUGCAGUAAAAAGUAAUUGCCAGAGAAUUAUACAGAAACAUAUCAAGCGUUCUGAUGUACAAGAGCAUGAUAUUAAAAUGUCUGUGCUUAAUACCUUUGAUUUGUUUGGUAUCAAACAAGAAAAAAUUGAUUGGGAUAAAGUUGCCAGAACUGACUUUGAAGGAAGUAUGAACAUAGAAAUGCACUCUGGUAGCUUGGUGUUAAAUCCAAGAUUAUCAAAGAAUAUACUAAUAAUUCAAACAAAUGCCAGCUGGAAAGAUAGUCCUUUGAAGGAGCAGCGGUCUCAAUUACUUUUGUUGAGUCAAUAUUUAUUGAUAAUAGAUGAGUAUCAGAAAAACAUUAGAUUGCAAAAUUCAGUAAAAUUUACAACAUCAUAUUUAGAGGGACAUGAUGUCAUAAGCGAAAAACUGAAUCUUUUGAUGAACGGCAAUAUCACAUUUUGCAAAUCCAAUAAAAACAGUGUCAAGAGAAUCGACUGUAGAAAGAAAGAGAAUGUCGAGGACGACACGAAGCUGUCGGAACGCGUACAAGAUGUAUCCUCGAGGCACGACAUGGACUUCACUGACCAUUUGUGGGAAAUACUUAUCGCAACUUCGGAGUACCCGCAGAUGAUAAGCUAUAUCGAGACGAUUCUACGAGAGAUUCUUGAGCACAGAUUUGUGCCACAGGUCAACGACACAAACUCCACGAGAAUAAUCAAACUCGCCUCCGAUAUGCGUGGUCAAGAGAUGACGUCUUUUAUUAGUCGUUUAUUGCUAGGAAGCGCACCGUUAGAACUCGUCGUGGACGCGGGCUUUGAGAAGCUCACCCGAGAUUAUUUGUACAUUUUAAAAGGAGCGCGGCUCGUCGAUCUGUACGACAUCCGACAGAAGUUGGCCGAUGUGUCAUCCGGGACCUUCAACACGGAGAAUUAUAAAAAGAAGUUGCUCACGUUGGCACAAAUUCACAUAAGUUUGGAAUGCAUGCUGCUUGUCGAGACACAUCUGGAAUGCCCAGCCGAAAGUUUGCAGAGCGUGUUCGCUCACGUGUAUAGGGAGUUUGUCUCUGAGCUUUCCCCGCUGCAACAUCACGCCGAACUCUGCGGCCGAGUUUACACUUUAACGGUGCCGCUCUCGGGAGCGAUAAUCAACGAGUUAAAUAUCUUAAAGACGAAUCCUACUUUGUGGAGAGCCACUCUCUCGUCUCAUUCCGCCGCAUCGACGUUAACUACUACCACGUUUUACAGCAAAAUGCCUAUUUUUCCAACGAAUAUUUAUUCUACAGGUAAAUUAGAAAGAAAUGAAAGUAAAGUAAAUAAUAGAAAUCGUUUAAGCGUCUGUGUAUUUGUAUGAUAUAUGUACAAUCAAAAUAGUGGCCAUAUGAUUUCCCUAGGAGCGAAAAAGUGAAAAGUUUUAUAUCCUCGUAGUUCGAAAAGUUGCAUAAUCGUUCAAAUUACAGACUCCAUGUGAAACUUCUCGCUUUCUAUGUUUGCGAGUAAAAUGACAUUAUUGCGCUACUCUGGACUCUACUCGUUUUGUUCAUUCCAUUUAUGUGUUUGCUUGCAGACGAUGCGAAUGCACAAGAGGAGAUGGUUCACGGUGUAAGUGCUACGUCGUCUUCGACAUGGUUUAAAAAACUACGAGAUACGUGAGCUGAAGUGGUAUUCAUGAAGCGAAACAAAACGAAACUUCAGAAUUGGUGCGCUUCGAAUGAACGGGGCGUAGUGCGAGGUAAUGAAAGGUUUAAUUGAUAAUUAAUAAAAUCAAAAUUAUAAGAGCAUCCUUCUCAAAUACAUUACAUGUAUUAGAGAUAUAUAUAAAUAUAAACUACAUUUAUGAGUGUU